UCGCUCGGGGCUAUCAGGGGCUAAGAAAACAGCGCUACCUCUGUCUCUGACCUCCGGCGCUUCAAAGAGACAGCGGGACGCGCUCAAGCUCCCGCCCAUGUAGAGAGGCCAUGGCCGGGCUGGAGGGCUGCCGCUGUCGGGGCGCCGGCGGCCGGAGCAACACCAGUAUCCUGUAUAACAUCCUGAAGAGUGACAGCCUGGCCAUCACCGAGGAGCAGCAACAACAACCCCAACAACAACAAACAGUGCAGCACUUGUUCCACAGGACCUCCUCCUCUUCCUCCUCCUCCUCUUCCUCCUCCUCCGCCGCCCCGGCUCCCCUGCAGGAGCUCCGACAGCAGCCGUGCUCCUGCGGCUCCACGCGCCGCCGCGGUGUCCUCCGCUCCCCGCAGGUGACGUGUAAAGCCGCCUCCGCCGUUCUGGUGAAAACUCUGCGCUUCGUGAAAAACGUCCCCUGCUUCCGUGAGCUGCCGGAGGACGACCAGCUGGUGCUCAUCCGGAGCGGGUGGGCGCCUCUGCUGGUGCUGGGACUGGCGCAGGACCGAGUGGACUUUGAGACCACGGAGACGGUGGAGCCCAGCAUGUUACAGCGGAUCCUCACCGGACUGCCUGACCGACACAGCGAGCUGCUGGCCGGCCAGAGCAGGGCCACGGCGGGGGUCUCUGUCGUGGAUAUCGAAGCGAUCAAAGCCUUCCUGAAGACGUGUUGGAGUGUGGAUAUCAGUACCAAGGAGUAUGCGUACCUGAAGGGGGCUGUGCUGUUUAAUCCAGAUCUGGAGGGUCUGCGCUGCCUCCACUACAUCCAGUCCCUGCGUCGGGAGGCGCACCAGGCUCUGAACGAACACGUCCGGCUGAUCCACCGAGAGGACGCGACGCGCUUCGCCAAACUGCUCAUAGCUCUGUCCAUGCUGAGGGCCAUCAGCCCCCCGGUGGUCGCCCAGCUCUUCUUCAGACCCGUCAUAGGGGCCGUCAACAUUGAGGAGGUGCUCAUGGAGAUGUUUUAUGGGAAGUAGGUCACGGUCCACAGUGGAAAUUCAGGAGGUUUAACAGAACUGACGAGCUCCCUGUCCUGUACAUGGCUCUUAUAGAUUAGGAGAUGAGGUCAGAUGGUGCAAAGGGAGUGAAAGUUUAUAUACUAUAUAUGUGCUUGGUCUUUCAGGACAGUGGAAUGACCAAUACAGGCAAAAUGAGUGUGUGUGUGUGUGUGUGUGUAUGAGAGAAUAAGAGAGAUAAAGAGUGUUGAAGGCAGGAGAUGUUAUAAAAGAGGAAAAAUACAAAGCAGCUGCUGGAAUUCAUAACUUAUUGUUUUUAUAUAAACUAUUUUUGUAUAAUAAAACCAAAUGUCAAAUGUU